AUGCAAGGAAACUACAGGAAGAUCCAGCCGGCUCCCAGACACGACGCCGAUGAGAUCGACCGCAAGUUCCGCGUGGCUAAACGGAAGCGCCAGCAUGUCAGGAUAGCCUGUAAUCCCUGCCGAGAAAAGAAACGCGCCUGCAAUGGUAUAGAACCGACCUGUGAUCAGUGUCAAACACGCAGUUUGGCGUGCAUCUACCGAAUACCCCCCAAAACAGUUGACUCAACAAUCAAGAUUCAAAAACAACUUGAUACGCUGCAGCACAGCUUUAAUCAUUACGCGGAUAUAGUAGAGCAGCUGAAAACAUUACCUGAGACAGAUGCGCUCAAGCUUUUGCAGAGGCUGAGAUCGCCGGCGGAUGUGAAUGGGGCUUUUGCGUCGUUGCAGGGGAGUGUACAUACCAGGAUACGACUGUCGAAUCACAGGACGGCGCAGGCUAUACUGCCGACUACGAAUUCAAGGGUCGAGUUUGAACUCACAGCACUGCAUGGCAUUGUUUAUCCGACGUUGGUACCGAUUGAUAUAACUUCUUUGGGAAUUUCGCCUUUGGAAAAGCCGGCGCUUCCUGCGGCGCAGACGGAAACUUUGGUGCAGCAGAUAUCGCCGGCGAGUCCUAUUGUUCUUUCGUCGGAUCGGUUUCGCCCUCUUUGCGAUAGUCGGCUAGAAGAGAUUGAUAUUUCGUAUUGGACAAAGGUUCCGAUCAGCAAUGAAACUGCUGCAGCGAUGAUCUCGCUGUUUCUGGAAACGGACCAGACGAUCGUUGGGUUUAUCGAUGCUGAUUUAUUCGUGGAGAGUCUUGUGGAGCGAAAACCCCAGUUCUGCUCUACGUUUCUCGUCAGCGCGAUAUUAUACAUUGCUUGCCAUGCAUAUACAGCUUCAGAUUUGAAAUCCGUAGCUGUUGGUGGUCUUUGCUUCAGAGAAGCGGAGAGACUCUUCCGCGCAGAGGGAUCAUCCGACAACAUCGUCACCCUAGCGGCCAUCAACACCUUCAGCCUCGCCUGUAGCUUCCAUGGAAAUGAUAGGCUAGCCAAAGAACUGCUUGCAGCUGGUCGUCACAUGGGAAGGAGACUUGGCUUAUACGGUGUACCCCUGGAUAGCCCAUCAUCAUUGGCCUUUCAGGAGUUACCCGAUGACUUGGUCCGUAUGACUGCGCACGUUGCCUGGAGCACUUACAACUUGUUAACGAUUUAUGUUUUAUACUAUCACGAUGAGAGCGUAGCGAUACCGCCUGCUCUGCCGAUACCUGGAGACGAACGACAUGACGACCUCUGGCCUGAACAUCCGUUGCCAGAGUACAUGGGCUCCUCAUUUACCAAGUUGUGCGAGUUCUUCACUGUGAUCCAGGAGGUAGCUGUGGUCUACUCCAUAGAAGACGGAACACCUAUCGUUGAUCGUGUCCCUGUUGCUUUCGCAGAAGCAAAGUACCAGAAGAUCUUAGCCUGGGCAGAUUCUCUCGGUAGAGACAUGGCAUGGGACCAGAACAGCCAAGAACAUGUAAUGCUAUUCCAUAUGUGGUUCCACUGCGCAGUUCUCGACAUCUUCCGUCCUUUUGCCCAAGGCCAUCAAAGCUACACCCUCCAAUCCUUCUCCUCCCCCGACAGCACCCCCAAAACCAUCUUCUCCGCCUCCCUAAACCAACUAAAGCGCCUCGCCCUGCUCUACCGCACCCAGCAAAUGCCCAACAGCUACAUGCCCUACAUCAACAUAUCCCUAAUCCACAUCGCCAACACAAUCUGCAAAGAAACCAACGACCCCACUGCGAAAUUCUACUUUCUCCUGUGCAUACGCUACUGGCAGCACUUGUAUAUAGGAUAUCCCAUCUUUGGAGAAAUAGCACAGGCGUUUUUGACCAUGGCGAUAAAUAAUGGAUUGAUAACGAGUAGAGAGGCGAAGAGGCUUAUGGCGGAGGUUAAGGGGCAGGGGAGACAUCAUGGGUUGGCGGAUGCGGGGAUCUCAACGAGUUUGAUUGUGGACUUUGACUUGGCGAUGACGAAUAGGGGCGAGGCGGAUGUUCAGGCUGUUGCGCAGAAGUUUGAGGAGGUGGCGCUGUUUGAUGAGUUUGCGGUGUACAAGAAGGAGGAUUAG